CAAUUUCGAACAAAGAUGCUGCUGCUGCAACGACGAUGUAAACAACAGAGGAGGUAAAAAAACAAACGAAACGAGGGACGAGGGCACUCGCAACUCGCAACUCGCAAUAUUCCUCUGGUGUAGUGUGCAGUAGAAGAGAGGAGAUAGCAGGUAGCUUCCGUAAUCGAAAUAAUAGCAUUGGAAUAAAAAAAUGGUAUAUCUGCAUUUCCCGUCGAACCUCACAGAGGAGGAAUUGAUGCUCCAGGCGAAAUACAAUAAAUUGAAGAGAAAGGAUUUUUCAUUUGUUUUCGUUUGUUUGUCGAUCGGUUGGACUGGAAAGAAAAAGGCGUUACAAGAUUUGAAGAUGCCAAAAGUUGAACCGGAGAGAAUGCCCCAAGCGCCAAAACGUCCAACAGAGGCGAGAGACGCGAGAGAAGUUGCAAAAAAGUUGAUCAAGUCCGGGGUUAUAACAGCCCCGAAAACACCAAAAAGACCGGAACAGUCGUUCAAGCGGCCUCGUGGUCUUGAAAGAAAAUUGAACAGCUCCGAAAAGACUCCUUGCACGUACCAACCAUUCUCGGCUAGCCACUCGGAAGAGCAGGAACAAUCGGAAACUCAGAGACCCCGGGUGAAGGAUCUUUACGACAGUUUUGUGAGCGCCGGCGAUACGGAGGAGGAACGAAACGGCUCUCCGGCUUCUCAGCCGCAGAUGCAGUCGGCGGCGGGUGUGCCAUCGCCGUUGACUCACCCUAAAACAUCCUCAGCGAGACAGGAGGCAAAAGCCAAAGGUGGAAAUACCAUAUUUAUUUAUGGUUUUGGCAUAUCGCAGGAUUUUCUCAAAAAGCAUUUUCAAACUUUUGGCAAUAUCGUUAGCAUAUCAAUGGAAACGGAAAAAAAUCGAGGCUUCGUCACGUUUGACAAACCCGAUGCGGCGGAGAGAGCGAUCAGCGAAAUGGACGGCGGCAUGGUCUCUCAUAUACAGCUCAAAGUAUCGUUAGCUCGAAGACAACCCGUCAUUGAUCCAAUCAAUGAUACGACUUCUAGCUCCGUGUGGAGCUCCAUUGCCGCCAAUUAUUCUCAGAAAAGUGGCCACAAGGACAGACGCGAUCCUACCGUUUACGACGAGGAUUUGUUUCAAUGAUUUUCGCAUUCGGUUUGUCAUUAUAUACUUGGUUUAUUAUUAUUUGAACGCUCAGGUGAGCGCGCGCCCCGACAAUGGUAUUAUUUGGGGAGAGACGAGAAAAAAAAAACAACAAAAUAAGGAAAAAAAUAUGAAUUCAA